AUGUCUUCCCGAGCAAAUGGCUCUCUCCAAAAGGGCGACGAUGACGAAGUUUGUCCUGUCUGCAAGUCGUCCAGGUACCUCAAUCCGGACAUGCGUUUUCUCAUAAACCCGGAAUGCUACCAUAAAAUGUGCGAAUCCUGCGUAGAUCGCAUCUUCUCCUCCGGCCCUGCACCUUGUCCAGUCGCAGGCUGCCGCAAAACUCUCCGAAAAAAUAAAUUCCGAAAGCAGACAUUUGGGGACCUUGCGGUGGAGAGGGAGGUUGACAUCAGAAAGCGGGUUAUGGGAAUCCUAAAUCGGCGUGAAGAAGAAUUUGAUAAUAAACGCGCAUGGGAUGACUUCUUAGAACAACGAGAGGAGAUAAUAGCCAACCUCGUACACGAAACUGACGUGGCCAAAACAGAAGCCCAAUUAGCCCAAUACUCUGCCGAAAAUUCCGCUUCUAUACGUCAUAACAAGGACCUGGCCAGGCAGGAAUAUGCAUCCUUUGAACUACACCAAUCUGUGGAACAGGAGGAGCUCCGUCGACGGCGUGAGGCUGCUAGGCAAGACUACGAGAAUGAAAGAAAAGCCAAACUUGCUAGUCGCGAAGAUAUAAUUGCCCGUCUAGUCUCUGGGGAUGCAGAGGAUGCUAAAGCAGUAGCCCGUGAGUCUGAAAGGGCUCAUCAGCUUAAGAAAUCCUCGGCCAGGCGCAGCGAGGAAGAUCGAAUGAAACGAAAACAAGCUGCUUUACGUGCUGCAGAAACCGCAACCAAGGGCCCACUGACUACUGGAGCCACUGGAUCUGUAAUCGGCAAUACUGCCGCUUCCAGUGGAGGACUGAUCAAGGGCCUGAGAAAGAUUAAAACCCCUGAGCUGGAGAAACCAUAUGAUCCAUUUGCUGGUGCUGUCUCACUUAAUAGCCGUGACUAUUAUGAACUCCGAGAUCAUUAUCCGUCUACAUACCUUGACCCAUUACGCGAGGAUAUGAGGGUUCUUGCUGGUGGAUAUGAUCUGCGGGAGUAUUAUGAGAGGACCCUACUGGAAGCCUUUGCAGGUCUCGGGUGUUUCGUUAGCGAGGAAGUCUCUGCAAGAGAGAAGUCAGCUCCAGCACCAUCCGCAUCUAGAACUACACCACCGGCUCAGAAGACAUCCUCAAAGCUCUCUCCACCAUCAUCCUUACCUGCCAAACGAAGAGCACAGGGGGCGGAGAUUAUAUUACGAAAUAGUGAUGAUGUGUUCUAG